AUGCCGCCCUCCAAAACAACCAACAAGAGAAACGGCCACCGUGUGCCUCAUCGAGCAAAGAAGCCAAGAGACGGGUCGCCCGUGUACAUCAACGUCGACAGCGACAGCCAAGACGACGACGACGACGACGACGACGACGACGAGCAGUUCACGACUCCGGCCGCCGAAUCCAUCCCCGAUGCUCCCCCUGCCGCUGCUGCUGCUGCCGCGGCGGCGACGACGACGCCUUUGAUCGGAGACGCACAGCCAAGCAUCGAUCCGCUAGAGUGGUACGAAGCAGCGUGGUCCAACAACUGCCACAACUUUGUGCAGAUGCGACGCCGGUGCCGCGCCCGUCUGCUGGGCAAGCGCAAACGGAGCAAAAUGUCAGACACCACCACCGUCGUCGAUCGCCGCGUCAAGCAGAAGGCGGCACGUGCCGUCCAGGCUGGUGUCGACGGGCAAGGGGAGGAGGUGGUGGUCGUCGGCGAUUCGUCGGAUGACGACGACGACGACGACGACGACGACGACGACGACGACGACGACGACGACGACGACGACGACGAGAUGAAAGACGAUGCACCGAGGCGAUGCGGGGACAUCGAACCGCAAUCGACAUUCGACGAAAGCAUCACCACGCCCUCUCCCCCGCCGCCACACCGCCGCCGCCGCCGACGACGACGAGAGCGGAUCUUGCGCACCCCCUCUGCGUCUCCGCUCCCAACCCUGCCGGUCCGAGCGGAUAAAGAGGUACGGCCGCACCCGCUCGAGUCGCAACUCGCCAACUUCUACACGCGUUUCGGCCUGCGUCUCGUCUGCUGUCGCGACGAUGGCCAAGACGACGACGACAUCGACGGCAGCGGCGGCGGCAAAAGGUUGUGCGAGACGUCCCUCGAGGUUUGGAUGCGCGUAUUUGUGUCUCGGUUCACCGAUUUGAUCGACGAGUACCGACACCGCAGCGUUUGCCUUGGUGCGCCGGCCGUCCAGGAUGAGGGUGCGGCUGAAGGCAACGCCGAAGGCGAGGGCGAAUAUGAAGACGAAGGCGAGGGCAAAGGUGCGGGCGAGGGCACAGGACAAGACAACGGCGACGAUAACGGCACCAACGACGACGAAGACGACCAAGAGGCAGCAGCGACGAGCGUGUGGCUUCGCCGAGUCGAAUGCGUCAAGUCGCUACUGCAAGAGAUCCUGACUGCCCAUUCGACAGCGGUCAGCAAGAGAGAGCAGGGGAUCGAGACCCCGCUCGACGUCCACGACACCGUCAUCAAUGACAAUGUCGAAGAGAAAGAGGCCGAUGCCGACGACGACGACCUCAGGGACGACUGCGCCCUCGUCCUCGACCGCGUCGAGCGCUGGCUCUACUUUGGCAUCGCCCGCUUGUGGACCGACGAAGAGUCGGCCCUUUUCAAACGCAGAUGGUGCCGCAUCUAA